AAACAGAACGUCAAUAAGAGCCCACCAACAACAAACACCGCAGAAACUCAGAAGCCGCGAUGGAGUCAAUGGCUGCCGCUGCUGCCCUGUCGAAAGCACCCAACCUUUCGUGUUCCUUCCGCCAUCACGCCGUCAAACCAUCGCUGAUUUGUUCACCCCAUCACCGAUCCCUGGAUGUCCGCCGCGGGCGACGUCGUACUGCCGGGAGAUGGGCUUCCUCCAAUACUCCGUCUACACCGUCGGCGGCUGAGGCUCAGGCGCCGGGGCUCUACUCGGCCAAGGUGUAUGAGCUCACGAAGGAGAACGUGGACCUGGUUUUGAACGACGUUCGCCCCUACCUCAUCUCUGACGGUGGCAACGUGGAUGUAGUUUCCGUGGAUGACGGAGUCAUCUCCCUCCAGCUCCAAGGAGCCUGUGGAAGCUGUCCUAGCUCAACAACAACCAUGAAGAUGGGCAUCGAACGAGUUCUAAAGGAAAAGUUUGGCGAAGCAGUCAAGGAUAUCCAGCAAGUUGAGGAGGCCAAUAUUGAAACAACUGUUGAGGCAGUAAAUAACCAUUUGGAAAUAUUGAGGCCUGCUAUCAGAAACUACGGAGGUAGCAUAGAAGUGGUUUCUGUAGAGGGUGGAGAUUGCAGCGUGAGGUACAGCGGGCCAGAUUCUAUAGGCAGUGGCAUCAAAGCAGCCAUCAAGGAGAAAUUUACAGAUAUCAUCAAUGUGGUAUUUGUUAACUGAAUAUAAAUUGAACUGGAAUCUCUGGAAGUGGCCGAUGCAAACUACUGUUAUUUUUGUUGUUUCUAAGAUGUGAAACUGGAAUAAAACAUGUAUCUAUUACCAUUUUGAAAGUUCUGAUUCUUGCAAGUUCCUCAGCCAUCACACUAUCAUGUUCAGUUAUUCUUGUCAUGAAGUUUUUCAAUUUAGGGAAAUUCAUUAGCA